CACACACAUCAACCUGUUACGUAAUGACCCCUCAGCGCUGCUAUCUCCGCCUAUCACCUUCUGUUUGCGAAGUAGCUAUCUCUACGGGAAAGUGGGUGUAAUGGAUUGAUUUGCGGACUCUAACGUUAGCGAAAUAACGCGCCUGUCAAAACAUCACACCCUUUAAAACCACAGCCAUGUUUGGCCGGUCACGGAGCUGGGUUGGAGGACAGGGGAAAGCGAAAAACAUCCACUCCCUGGACCAUUUGAAGUAUAUGUACCAUGUCCUGACCAAAAACACCACAGUGACGGACCACAACCGAAAUCUUCUAGUGGAGACCAUCCGCUCCAUCACAGAGAUCCUCAUCUGGGGGGACCAGAAUGACAGCUCUGUAUUUGACUUCUUCCUGGAGAAAAACAUGUUUGCAUUCUUCCUGAACAUCCUGCGUCAGAAGUCGGGACGCUACGUGUGUGUCCAACUCCUCCAGACCCUCAACAUUCUGUUUGAAAACAUUAGCCAUGAGACUUCCCUUUAUUACCUCCUGUCGAACAACCACGUGAACUCCAUCAUCGUCCACAAGUUUGACUUCUCGGACGAGGAGAUCAUGGCCUACUAUAUCUCCUUCCUCAAGACCCUAUCACUCAAACUCAACAACCACACCGUGCACUUCUUUUACAAUGAGCACACUAAUGACUUUGCCCUGUACACCGAGGCCAUUAAGUUUUUCAACCAUCCUGAAAGCAUGGUCCGCAUCGCAGUCCGGACCAUCACGCUCAACGUCUACAAAGUUUCAUUGGACAACCAGCACAUGCUGCACUACAUACGAGAUAAGACAGCGGUGCCAUAUUUCAGCAACUUGGUCUGGUUUAUUGGCAGCCAUGUCAUUGAACUGGACAAGUGUGUGCAGACAGAUGAAGAGCAUAGGAACAGAGGGAAGUUAAGUGACCUCGUAGCAGAGCACCUUGACCACCUGCACUACCUGAACGAUAUCCUCAUCAUCAACUGUGAAUUCCUUAAUGAUGUUUUGACCGACCACCUCCUCAACCGUCUGUUCCUGCCCCUCUAUGUCUACUCUUUGGUUAUCCCUGAGACGUCUGAAGAGCGAAAGAUUAACCCUCAGGUGUCCCUCUACCUGCUGUCUCAAGUGUUUCUGAUCAUUCACUAUCAGCCAAUGGUCAACGCACUGGCCGAAGUUAUUCUCAAUGGAGAUCUGUCCGUCUUCACCCCGCAGACGGAUAUACACAGCACACACAAGAACACGGCCAGUGCAGGAGGUGUGCGCUGCUUCACCAAGCCCCUGGAGUCUCUGGAGCGCUCCCUGGAGCUGUCCCGCCACCGCGGCCGCAAGAGAACUCAGAAGAGGCCUAAUUACAAGAACCUAGGCGAGGAGGAGGACGACGAAAGAGCUCGGGGAGGGGGAGGAGGCAGCGGAGGAGGAGUAGAGGAGGGCUGGGACGACGACAGCAGAGGAGGAGGAGAGAGGGAGGGAGGUCGAGAGAGGGAGAAAGGAAAAGGUACAGAGGGAGUAGGAGGAGCAGGGAGUUCUAAGGGAAGCAGAGCGAGUGGGGAGACGGCGGAAGAGAUAGAGAUGGUGGUGAUGGACAAGUGUAAGGUGUCGGAGCUGACGGAGCAGAACAUCACUGAUGAAGAGAAGACAGCUGCAGCCACCCGCACACACACGCAGAGGAGCAGACCUUUCUUAGACAUGGUGUACAGUGCUCUCGACUGCAGCAAUGAUGACUACCAUGCCCUGUUUGUCCUCUGCCUGCUUUAUGCUGUCUCACACAGCAAAGGUAUUAACCGAGAUCUUCUGGAGCGUCUGCAGUUGCCAGUUCCUGACCAGGAGAAGAGCUCUUACAGCCUGGUGCUGGUAGAGAGACUGAUCAGAGUUAUGAGCCAGGCAUCCCAGCCAGAUGGUAAAGUGCGUCUAGCUACCCUGGAGCUUAGCUGCCUUUUACUGAAGCAGUCUGUGCUCUCUGGAAACCGCUGUAUAAUCAAAGAUGUACAUCUGGCCUGCCUGGAGGGUGGUAGAGAAGAAAGUCUGCAUUUACUGCGGCGUUUCUACAAGGGCGAGGAGAUCUUUCUGGACAUGUUUGAAGACGAAUACAGGAGCAUGACGAUGAAACCCCUGAAUGUGGAGUAUCUUAUGAUGGAUGCCUCCGUGCUGCUGCCACCCACCGGCACCCCUCUGACUGGCAUUGACUUUGUCAAGAGACUUCCCUGUGGGGACGUGGAGAAGACACGCAGGGCAAUCCGUGUGUUCUUCAUGCUGAGGUCCUUAUCGCUUCAGCUUCAGGGAGAACUUGAGACGCAGCUGCCUCUGACCAGACCCGAAGACCUUAUCAAGACGGAUGACGUCUUAGACCUCAAUAACAGUGACCUAAUUGCCUGUAUGGUGGUCAGUAAAGAUGGCGGCCAGGCCCAGAGGUUCCUCGCUGUAGAUGUGUACCAGAUGAGUCUGGUCGAACCAGAAACCAAACGCCUUGGUUGGGGUGUAGUCAAGUUUGCCGGCCUUCUGCAAGACAUGCAGGUGUCUGGCGUUGAGGACGACAGCAGAGCAUUGAACAUCGUCAUCCAUAAGCCCAGCUCCAACCCCCACGCCAAGCCCCUGCCCAUCCUGCAGGCCAACUUCAUCUUUGCCGACCACAUCCGCUGCAUCAUCGCCAAGCAGAGGCUGGCCAAGGGUCGCAUCCAGGCCCGACGAAUGAAGAUGCAGAGGAUUGCAGCUCUGUUGGACCUGCCUGUGCAGCCCAGUGCGACGGAGGUGUUGGGUUUCGGUCAGACAGCAAACGCUUCACCCAGCGGCCUGCCUUUCCGGUUCUACGAGCAGUCAAGACGGGGGCCCAACGACCCCACGGCAAAUAGAGCAGUUUUUGCCUCUGUCGAUAAAGUACCAGGUUUUGCAGUGGCUCACUGUGUGUCGCAGCACAGUCCCUCGCCCCUCUCCUCCCCCUCGCCUCCCUCCAGUGGGAGUGGGAGCACAGGAAGAUGUGACUCUGUUACUGCGAGCACUAUAUCAGCUCAGAGCCCCACAGAUGAUGGUACGUUUUUGGACCACACCCCAGCCUCCUCCUCUGGCGGAGAAGGGGAAGGAGUAGGUGGAGAAGUACUGCUUGUCGCCUCUACUCCCCCGCCCCCAGUCCCGGCUCCGGCCCUGGCCCCCAGCCUCACCCCGGCGUCCCAGCCCAACAUCUCCCUCCUCACAGACAACAACGCAGAGACACUCAGCGUGGAGUCGCUCACGCUGCUGCCCCCAGCAGGCUCACCACACCUGCACCCCUGUGCCAGCCACAUUCCCACUGCGCUCUCCCUCCAGAGACCAGACGCCUCCAUCGCAGAGGAGGAGGAGGAGGAGGAAGAGGGGGAUAGGAAAGACAAGCAAAGAGAAGAGGAGGAGCAGCAAGAGGAAGAGGGGUCGCCGAUGGAUGACACAGAGACAGAUGCGACGGUAAAAGAGGAAACCACGACAACGGAGUUGGUCACCCCCACUGACGAGGACCCAGAGGGAGUAGAUAAGCCAGAAGGUAAAGACACACCUCUAGAGGUGAAUAUAGACCAACUCUCUGCUGCAGAGCUGCAAGAAAGAGACGACUCAGAGUAUGUAGAGAACACAGAAGAUACAGAGGUGCACUCUGACACACAAGACUCGCCUGAACUGGAUUAAGCAACACACACUCAGUCAUCUUCAUGCAUUUAAACUUGUCUCGAAGAGGACAGUGAAGUGUGAUAGUGAAUCUAUCCAGCUUGACUGCAGUAUAUUUUUGUGUUGAGACCUGUAGAUUAGGAUAGGAUUUUGGAGGAAUCUCAAAAUUUGAGUUUCACAUGAUGGAAGACUUUUUUUUCUUUUUUCUUUUUUUUUUUCUCAAAGAGAACUGAGGAUGAGACACUGGUCGAACUCGAGGAAGGCUUGAAGCACAUUUGGGUUUCUGUGUUUAUCCGGUUGUGUUUUAAGCAAGCGUGUGUGAAGGCGCGCAACCAGCAACAUUUUGUACUCAUGCUGAUCGAUUGUUUGUUCAGCUCAAAGAAACACACAUAACGCCACAUGCUGCUGUCGUGAGCUCUUUAUCCACUUUAAAAAGACCUGCUCUGUUUUUGUGUCUUAUGUUCACCGCUAAUGUUUUGUGGUGGCUGUGGUCACUUCUACGCUAACACACACACACACACUAUACAUACAGUCUACACAGAGUCAGCUGCACUUGCCUUUUAACCGCUGCAUGUCAGACACGUUAGCAGUUACUGCCACCUAGAACUGCGUGUGUGUGUGUGUGUGCGUGUGCGUGUGCGUGCACGCGGGUGCGCUACAUGUUGUUAAGUUGUUAUUGUUCCAGGUGUAAAGUAGUGAUCCAUUCAUCUACUAACUGGUGUCUAUUAUAGAAAAUGUAUUCCAUCAUCUGCAGCAUCUUGAGCAAGGAGGGAGCAGGUCUCAUACUGUAAACAAUAAUUUGAUGUUAACGUGACGUCGUAGCUGUUGUGCCCUGCUUGUAAACAUUUUGAUUGAUACAUCUUGGGAUGCGAGGUGUGUGAAAGCAGCUCUUUGCUUGUCAUCACAGCCAGCAGUUGGUUUCCAUCAUAGUUCAUAUUAAUCUCUUGGGCUGACCGUUUUGUACGGGUUGCUUGAGUGCAGUGUAACAAAGCAUC